AUGCAGGCACCAUCCCUGCUGUGUUAUUUGCUGCUGGUCUCGCUGGGCACUGACCUUGGCCCAGCGGAAGGCGGUGCUGGCAGGAGGCAGAGGAGGAGGAUGCAGCGCAGGGCGCUGGGGAGGAGCCCCUGGGCAGGGCUCAGGAGCCCCAGGGCACCCGGGAUGGAGCCCAGGAUCCCCCUCAUCAACAUCGAUGACAGCGUGCUGGGCGUGUUUGACUCCCUGGUGGGGCUGGGGGAACACGAGAGCACCUACAAUGUCUUACCAGGGAAGAAGGGGCAGUGCACAGCUAAUGGGAUGAUCAUGUUUGACAAAGCUGUGUGGUCUCCCAAGCCCUGUGUCACCUGUCUCUGCUCCAAGGGAGAGGUGAUCUGUGACACAACCAUGUGUCACCCUCUGAAAUGUCCCCAGACCAUCAUUCCUGCAGGAGAAUGCUGCCCAGUGUGUUCUGAGACUGCCUCCUCGCUGGACUCCAGGGUAAUUUCACUGGAUGAUACCAGUGAGUUGUCUGGUGAUUCCCCAGACCCCAAGGACCUCGACACCACCAAUGUUCUGCCAUCAGCACAAACUCAAAUGGAAAAGGAUGAGCUGCUUCCAACAGAAGUGAUAGAGAUUAGAGACAAAGAGGGUCACAAAAAAGGGGAAAAGAAAAGAAAAAGAAAAGGCAAAAAGAAUCGCCAGAGGCACAAAGGGCAUCGCAGAAAGAAGCUGCCUGUCCCCAGAACGGGAGCUGCAGGAGAUGUGCACUAUGAAAGUGAUGAAGAUGAUGGUGCUUUCAGAAUUCCACCUCAUUUCCCAGUUCCUGUUCCACCCACAGAAGCUCCUCCUUUGCCAUCUGGAUGUUCCACCUUGGACACCACAGUGAGCUGCAUUAAUGCCAAACUUACACAAAUACCUCCCAUCUCAGAUCCAGACCUAACAAGUUUAGACCUUACAGGAAAUAGCAUCACUACUAUCUCAGAUGAAGCAUUCAAUGGGAUACCUAAUUUGGAAUGGAUUGAUCUGAGUAAAAAUAACAUUACCUCUCCUGGAAUAGGUCCCAAAGCAUUCAAAAUCCUGAAAAAGCUGAAACGUUUGUAUUUGGAUGGAAAUAUGCUGGUAGUUAUUCCCUCUGAAUUGCCAUCAACUUUGGAAGAAAUAAAAAUAAAUGACAACCAACUUCAUGCCAUUGAUGAAGACAGCUUAAAAGAUUUAAAGAACUUGGUCACUCUGGAAUUAGAAGGAAAUAAACUAAGUGAGGCAAAUGUCAGUCCUUUGGCCUUUUAUCCUUUGAAAAGUCUUUCUUACUUGCGACUGGGAAGAAAUAAAUUCAGAAUUAUCCCACAAGGUCUUCCUGCCACUCUCGAGGAGUUAUAUCUUGAACAUAAUCAGAUUGAAGAAGUGUCAGAAAUUUGCUUUAACCAUACCAGAAACAUCAACAUCAUUGGGCUAAAGCAUAACAAAUUAGAAGAGCACAGGAUAGCACCUUUGGCUUGGAUAAACCAAGAGAACUUGGAGUCAAUCGAUCUCUCUUAUAAUAAGUUAUAUCAUGUUCCCUCCUAUCUGCCAAAAUCUUUACUCCAUCUGGUACUUAUAGGAAACCAGAUUGAAAGAAUUCCAGGCUAUGUGUUUGGCCACAUGAGGCCGGGGCUGGAGUAUCUCUACCUGUCCUUUAACAAACUCACCGACGAUGGCAUCGACUCCGUGUCGUUUUUUGGAGCUUACCACUCCCUGAGGGAGCUGUUUUUGGAUCACAAUGAAUUGAAGGCUGUACCUUUUGGGAUUGAUGAAAUGAGAAAACUACGUUUUCUAAGACUGAACAAUAAUAAAAUAAGGACGGUGCCCCCAGAACGCAUCUGCAGGACUCAGACCAACCAUGAGGAUGAGCACGACCACAGUGAGGAGGAGAAUGAGGAUUCCCACUUGGAACAGGUUCACCUUGAAAACAACUACAUCAACACCAGGCAGCUCUCCCCACAUUCAUUUUCAUGCAUAAGAUCCUAUUGCAGUGUUGUUCUUAAACCACAGAAUGCCAAAUAA